UGUAUAGACUCAGCCUUGGAGACUGGCGUGCCCUUAUUAUCCCCUGGGCGCCCAGUUCCUUCGCAAGCAAUUAAUUUGUUCAUUCUCUCUGAUCCCAGCGACCUUUUGCACAAUGGCACCGAGACGUGGUGGCGGUUCCUACAGUGGCAGCAGCUCCAGCUCUUCCAGCUCCAGUUCAUGCAGCGGCGCCGCGUUUAGCGCACAAGCAGCCCAAAUUACUAUCGCGUUCCAGGCGCUCUUCUUCCUCGUCUUCUGUGGGCUGUUUUGCUUCGCGGCCUUCAAGUUGAUCCGGAGCAAGCAGAAAGGCGUAGCCUUACGACGAUGGUUCCCUCUCGGCUUCUCGAUCGUCUUCUCGAUCGCUGCGGUCAUCCUUAACAUCGUCCUCUUCACUCUAAUGCAAUGCGACAUCACAUCGAUCACCAUAUAUCAGCUUGUUAGCCUUUUGCCAAGUUGGCUCUCCGCCCUGGCCAACUUUCUACUCAUUGCCGUGAUCAUGAUCCCAAUCUGCAAGCGCCUGGUUCAGGGAAACAGACAAAUUGCGAAAAUGGUCACCAUCGUCCAUACUAUCUACGUCGUUGUGCUUGGGAUUAUCCUCCUCUGUCAUCUGGCCAUCUACACUCAUCUCGUCGAUGCAUCGUAUCGCACCGGCGCCCGGGUUAAUGCCAACACGUUACGACAUCACCAAAUGAGACUAGCCACCGCAUAUACUGUGCUCUCUGUAAUUGGAAUGCUCAUGGCAGCUGCGAAUAUGCUUUUCGCGCUAGCCCGAGGCCGUCAUCUGAGAAGAGGGAUCCUCUUCCCCGCUGUCAUACUCCUUAUCCUAUCAUCACUGGGAAUGACCGUUCUCGACCUCGCCAACCACAUCAUCAUCGAUUACCUACAGAGUGAAUAUUUACAAAAGGGUGUUGAGGCAUUUAACCGCUCCUUGGAGGCUCAGAGUUUCCUCCUGUAUUUCUUCUACUCUGCGACUUUCCUCAUGGCUCUCCUCGUCGCUUCGUCAAAUCAACUAUCUGAUAAGGCCUCAACGGGUCCCGUUAAACAUCUCCAGGACCAAUAAAAAUAUAACGCUGGUCAGCAGCCUUAUCGGGCGUAUCGACCUCAGGGUAUGACGCAGAUGCCGCAAGGUUAUCGGUAGUUCUUUGUCAUGUUGAGACAUGCGGAGAUUUGUUAGUGUUUUAUGACGGGGGAGAGGCUUGGACUUGACUCUGGAGUCUAUUUGGUGGGUCAGCUAUUGAAGAUGGCUGAUGGAUGUGGUUUUGGAUGCUGGAUAUAUGAUGAUAUAAUGUUCUUUCCUUUUGUGGGUUGAUUUGCUUGGAGACGUUCUUGAUAUACCCCAAUACCCGGAUACUGAUUUUGAAUAUAUUAUUGCUUUGGUUGAUAUAUUGUUUGCUG